UUAUUGGAUGUUUCAACGGUACACGAUCACUUUAUUACUGUUAGAUAGGUUAUAUUUGUAAACGUAGUUCACGUAAACUCUAACCUAAUGCAUUAACAUAUAAGAAAGGGUGAGGACGGCAGUUCUUUCAAAGAUGGUCGAAUUUAAUUUCAUUUUGAAUAUAUUAUGCCUUCUAUGCGUACUGGUACCUAUAUUUGGACAGGUAACACGACCAGGAGUAUGCCCGAAUGUUCGUACACAACCUGGCUUUGAUCUAAACAGGUAUCUGGGACAGUGGUACGAAAGUGAGAAAUUUUUCUUCAUUCCGGAAGUUGGAUUGAGAUGCAACUCUGCACUAUACACUCUGAACGGAAACGGGGCUGUCGGUGUUUUGAAUGCAGGAAUAGACGCAAGAACCGGAAUAGUACGUUCGGUAACUGGAACAGCUAUAAGUACCAGUGUCAUAGAACCAGGAAGACUAGUUGUUCAGUUUACUCCGUUUACACCGCCAGGACAGUAUUGGGUUUUAGACACUGAUUACGAAAGUUAUUCUGUGGUAUAUUCAUGCAGACAAGAUGGUUUUCAAAAGAUAGAAAGUGCUUUUAUUCUAACAAGAGCAAGGGCCGGUUUACCAGCAGCAACACGAAUUCAAUUGUAUAGUAAGUUAUUGGCAUCAGGUAUCAAUGCAUUUGAUUUAAUACCAACCGACCAGACUAGUUGUCCAGCGCCGUCACCUUUCCUACCGCCACCUCUUGCUAUACCUGGCGUGCAGAUCAUACCACCAGUGCCUGAGAUAUUUGUUUAGUCAUUUGUUAAGUGAAUCCUUGUUAAACAAAGGAGAAAAGUAACUAUAGGCAGAUAGUAUAUUAAAUAAAUCUUCUUUGGUAAAAUAUAUACUAGUAUUAAAUGAAAACAAAUUGCCUCAUUCUCAGAUUAAGUGAUGUGCAAUUGAAAACCGUCUGACAGUGUAAGUCAAAAAUAAUACAGCAUAACCAAUGCCAAGUAUAUUUUUAUCAAUAUUUGCAUACACAUCACAAUUAUGUCAUCACAAUUAUGUAUCUAAACGACAGUAAUGUUAGUUGGUCUGCGGAACAAUUAUAUUUAUAAUCUAAAAAUUCUACAGACUAAUGAUGAAUGACUGGGUAUGCUUUUAGAAGCUGCUCAUGUAUUUGAAAUAGGAUGGUAAAACAUUAUGACACAUGAAAUCUGUUGUUUGUUACAACUGUAAAAUAAAAUUGGGAUUCAUUAA